CUUUCAAAGCUUCAAUCUCUGUAGGGGAGGGCAUGCAAAUAGUGAAGGAUUCGCCAACCUGCAGCAGAUCUCCGACUGGAGGCUCUUUUCUGAGGUGCCCUCUUCCCACAAGGGCUGGAAGGACCGAUUUUGAUACAUUCCGUAUGGCGGAGAACCCCUUUCCCGGGCCCCUUCGUGAUAAUUUCCGCAGACACCCAAAGGUGGGCAGCGCGGCCCUGGAGAAGGACAGAAAGAAGCUUAUGGCUCUCCCAGAGGGGUCUGAGGAUUUGAUCACGAUCAAGGACGCUGCCCUCCCGGAUGAUUUGCAUAGUCUGGACUUCCAGCGUUACCAUCUCUUAGGGAAAAAGGACGAAAAAUAUCCCCUCAUUGAUCGUGUGUACAAGAGCGCCUCGGUUCUCGGAGGUAGCAACAUGGACGUCCAGUCUUUCGCGGCGUUGAAGAGGUAGCGGGGUAAGGCCCAAACCAAGAAGGAGUCGGGCAAGCAAAAACCCG